AUGGCUGACUCUUCGCAGUUCUUUUUCAGUAUUCUAAGAGUGUCAAUAAUACAGAUACUUCGAUCAGUGGGAUUUGAUCGUUGUUCCAACCGUGUAAUCGAUAUUUUGACUGAUCUUUACAUUCGACGACUCUCUCAACUUGCCCUUGAGUGCCAACAACUAGCAGGAACCAGUGAUCGGCUUGAAGUGGAAGUGCAGGAUGUUGCCCAAACCAUGGUGAAUUAUCAAGUGAUACGGCCAGGCAAAUAUAUCGACCCUUACGAUACCAGUGUGGAGAAUUAUUUGGGAAUGAAGAAUUUCAUUGGGUGGUUGAAAAGCGAUGAUUUCACCCGGACUAGAAAAGUCGGCUUGCCCAGCGAUGCCAUGAUGCAACAAUUAAUCAAGGAUAACAAUAGAAAUGAGGGUACUUUUAUUGAAGAAGGUUUCACCAGCGCCGAUCAAGAUAAUAUGAAUUGGUUUAAGUACUUGUUGAUGACUCAGCUGAAGAUGGAGUACGAUGAAAAAGUAAGGUUGACGGUGCUAGGCCAAGAUGCAGAAGGAGAUCAAGACGAAGAUACCCAUGUAAUAUUGGGACCCACGCCGGAAUAUUUAGUUGAGGUCUUACCGGGAAGAAUCGGAUGA